AUGGCGGGCGCGGCCGUUCGCGCCUCUCCCUUUUCAGCUCGCGGCCGUGAGUGCCCGCGUAUCCCCGGGCCUUCGGGGCCGCGGCCUCGCCGUGGGCGCAGGGGGAAGCCUGGAGGAGGGGGCUGCUCAUGGGGCUGCGAGGCUCCGCUCGUGACCCUUUCCCCAAAUUUUCCCCAAAUCCCUUUUCGUAAAAGGUUUCCUGCUGGAAAGUUGUUCCCGACUGGCGGUACGGCUGCAAGUUGUCUCACAGAGGUUUUACCCAGGCCAGUUACUCCAAUUAUUGUGAAAAAAUUUAGAAAUACAACAAAUCCAGCGCCUGGUGUUGAAAGAAUAUUCUAUGGCAGAGCAGAUGAUCCGGAUGUUGCAUCUCACUUGACACAUGGCAUUAGUUCACGUUCUUCACUUGCUGCAGGCUUGCUGAUAAAUCCAAUUCCUAAAACUAAUUUUCAACAAAAAAUACAAGAUAGAAAAGAAGCAAUCUAUUUGAGUAAUCGCCAGGCAGCCUUGGGCAGAUCACACGAUCCAACUCCCAUGUUACCCGCAGGCUUGGAUAUAACAAAUACCACAUUUGGAACAACGGUUAUUCGCGAUGUUUCAGGUGGAGAACUUAUAAAUCCACCAAAAACAUAUGAAGAAGUAGAUAAACAAGCCAGACAAGGACAUGAUUUGUACAUCAAGUCACACAAUGAUUAUUAUGUGGGAGAAGUAAUAAAUAGAAAAUAUGAUUCACCAAAUUUCAAUAGGUUUCAUGUUUUUGGAAAGGAAACCCCUCACUUUGAAGAUGGACGAAAUGUAGCCAGAUCCUUGAAUUGGCUCGUGGAUCUACAGUCAAAGAAGGCAGCAAAAAUCGUAUCCAAACGAAGUGAUGAUUUCAAGGAAAAGUUUCAGCCUCAGGUUGGAAAAGUGCUUGAUCCUAUAGCAGAAACUAUGAAUGUUCCCGCAGGCCAUACAUUUGGAAUGUUACUCCGUCCAGAUGAGUAUGGAGCUGGUGAUCUUCUUCACUGCAGGAUUCCCAGUGAAUUCCUGCGUGGUAAAGACAGAGAGCGAGCUGUCCUUACUGCUGUUCGGCAAAGUUUGAAGAAAGCCAACUACCACAAUUUUGACACGUUGCUAGAAGCAUUCAGGUAUUAUGAUAAGAAUGGUGAUGGGAUGAUAGACAAAGAUGACCUGCGGAAGUCCUGUUUUCAGCUGAAUCUGAAUAUAGAUGCUGUGCUGCUGGAUGCCUUAUUUGACUAUUGUGAUUUGGAUAAAGAUGGUCUGAUUAACUAUUUGGAAUUUGUAAACUUCUUGAAUUGGAAAGAUAAAAUGGCUGUUAAAGAGUUUGAAGAAAAAAUAAUUACGAAAGGCAUAAAAACAGAUACUUCUGCACCUGAACUGCCUGAAAACAGAAAGACAAAUGAUAUACCACUGUUGAAGCAGGAAGAUCUUGUGUUAAAAGAACCAGGAAGCUCAGAAAAGACACCAAAAACACUUACAAGACCAACAGAUAGUGUGUUUGCAGAUUAUCAGACAACUUCCUCUCAGUAUAAUGCUGUAGUUGGUGGGCUCCCCACAACCUAUUAUCCAGUGUGUGGUGUUCCAACCAUUCGUUCAGAUAUUCCUGCUCCUCGAGUUCGCCGUAUUAGUGACAGAAUUAAUUAUGGUGAUGAAGGCAAUGCUUAUGCAUUAUUGUGUCCUUCUGUCUUCAGUCAAAAAGGAGUGUAUGAAAGAGACUUUUUCAAAGCAAGACCAAAGUCAGAGAUUGAGCAAAUUCUCCAGAAUAUUGGUGUGCACAUUUCAGAUGAAAGCUUUGAAGAGAUAUGGAAGCAAGCCUGUAGGAAACAUCAGAGUGGAGAGGUUUGUGUAGAGAGCAUCAGAAAUGUAUUGGAUGAAAUGCAUGCAUCGCACACCGAAAGCAGUAGCUAA